UGUUUAACAGAGAAAGAAGAUUGAUAUUUAAACUCUUUGCACAUAUGCAUGUGUACACACUCUUAACAUCUGUUGAUCCGAAAGGAAAUAACUAGCUUUUGAAAUGGUGGUGGUUGAGAUUGAAGGUUUGUUCAACUAUGCCAUGAAAGGCCAAUGGAGAGAAGUUUUAGAGGCCUAUGAGAAUAACCCUCAAACUUUGGAAGCAAAGAUCACAAAAGCAGAGGACACUGUCUUACACAUUGCUGUCUACAUGUCCCAAACCAAAUUUUUGACGACCCUAUUGGAGAAUAUAAGAGAAGAUGUGUCUCUUGAUGUCCUACAAUUACAGAACUCAAAGGGAAACACUCCUUUACAUCUAGCAGCAGAGCUUGGGAAUGUGGACAUUUGCAACAGUGUUUCCAAAAGAGAUCACAAACUCAUUUUGUGCCGGAAUUUUGAAGGUGAGACCCCUCUCUUUUUGGCAGCUUUUCAUGGCAUGAAAGAUGCAUUUUUUUGCCUCCAUGGUCACCUACAAAACAAAGAGGACUAUUCACCAUGCAUAAAGAGCAACGGGGACACAAUUCUUCAUUCUACCAUCUCUAAUGAAAGUUUUGGUUUGGCACUUCAAAUAAUUCACUUAUACCCAAAACUUGCGGAUUCUCUCAAUGAGGAUGGCUUGUCACCUCUUCACAUUCUUGCUAGGAAGCCUAAUUGUUUCAAAAGCAGCACUGGGAUGCAGUUCCUUGAUUGUGUCAUCUAUAAUUGUUUGAUUAUCUAUGAGCUGAAGGAAGAAACAGAGGACCUCAGUAACAAUAAAGGAGACACACAAAUUUUUAACUAUCCAAUGAACUACGGAACAUGCAUCAGAUUCUUAUAUUUGUUGAAGAAUAUGGUUAAAGUUAUAACAAUAGGCACAAAAGAUAGUGAAAAAGCAGCAACUAGUGAUGAAGAAAAUUUCUCAUCACCCAAUCUCAAAUGUGAAAAAAAAAGUGGAAGGAAAGAAAAGAAGCUCAAUCGGUUCCCUCCGAAUUGGGAAGUGAUCAUUCGAUUUCUAACCUUAAUGAUGAAGGGCUUGCUAGUCCUUUUUGGUGUGGGAGCAUCAUGGAUAGAGAAAAUCCAAAGGAAAAAGGAGAAACACAUGAGGGCUAAGCAAGUGAUGGAUGAAUUAAUUCAGAGAGCUUCUUUGUACAAGUAUGAUUAUACUGGAAAAAACUCCCUUGAUCUUCAACAUGACAUUGAUAAUAUGAAAAGGGGAGCUAUUGAGAAAAGGAGAAGGGUGUCACCAAUUUUAAUUGCAGCAAAGAUGGGAGUGACUGAAAUUGUGGAAAAGAUCCUGGAUACCUUCCAUGUGGCUAUUCAUGAUGUUGACUCUGAUAACAAGAAUGUUGUUCUUUUGGCAAUAGAAAAUAGGCAACCUCGUGUCUACAACUUGUUGAUGAAAAGGAAUUUAGUGAAGGAAAGUGCAUUUCGUCACAUAGACAAUCAAGGUAACAGUGCAUUGCACCUUGCUGCCACUUAUAAGGAACAUAGGCCUUGGAGAGUCCCUGGUGAUGCAAUGCAAAUGCAGUGGGAAUAUAAGUGGUAUAAGCUUGUUAAGAACUCCAUGCCACCAAAUUUCUAUGCACGUUACAAUAACAAGGGACAAACAGCAAAACAGGUCUUCAUUAGCACACAUGGAGAGCUUGUGAAAGAGGGAAGGAAAUGGCUUGCCAAAACCUCAGACUCAUACUCAGUAGUUGCAGCACUUGUUGCCACAGUUGCAUUCACAACCUCAACAUCAAUCCCUGGCGGCUCCAACCAGGAAAGCGGCACGCCACUCUUGAAUGGACAACUAGCUUUCAAGGUGUUUGCUGUGUCAUCACUUGGAGCACUAUGUUCCUCAGUCACAGCACUUGUUCUGUUCCUCUCAAUACUAACAUCAAGAUACCAAGAAAGAGAUUUUGCCAUGGAUUUGCCUAGGAAGCUGCUUCUAGGAAUGAGUUCACUGUGGACAGCUAUUACAUCCAUCUUGGUUUCUUUCUGUGCAGGACACUUCUUUGUGAUUGAAGAUGGACUCAAGUCUUAUACUUAUGUGAUAUAUGCUGUGACAUGUUUGCCAGUGUCAUUUUUUGUGUUGGUUCAGCUUCCUCUUUACUUGGAUCUCAUGUUGGCUAUUGUUAGGAAAGUUCCUCAACGCACCUAUAAGGUGUUCUCUCACUAGUUGUGUUUUGGAUUCAUUUGUUUGUUAA